AAAUAUGGUCAUGCUUUCAAGGUCUGCGAAGCAAGAACUGUUUAUAUGAGCUUAGUGAAUGAUGUGUACGUAGAAAGGAAGAAACUCAGAUUUUUUCUAUAAAUCAUAAUUUUAUUCUUGUUUGAGAGAAAUGCUUUAUGCUUAAAGCAUUUUCUUUGCUACUCGUGUGCAUUGUAAAAAUGCAGGUCAGUGCAAAUUAUGUGAAUUCUUUGGUGGAUAGUUUGAAUAGAGAAUAUGGUGGUUUAGGCUUCGAAUUUAAACCUUUCAAAGUUGGCUGGUAUAAUUCCUUGGUGCAGUCUAUUUUUAAACUUAAUUAUGAUGAAAACAAUGUAGCAUUUCUCAUAAUAAGUAUACCAAAGAUGUUUGAAAAUGCAUUUAUACCAUUUUUAAAGCAGAAGAAUAAUGAGGUUUCUGGACUGAAUGAUCCUAUUGAUGAAUGUAUGAUGUUUUAUCUUUCAAAAAUAAGUCAGUUAUUUCCUGAUCACAAAAUCAAAGUGGUUCAUGAUUUUGAACUUCAUCCAAAUAGACGUCCAAAAUUGGUUAUGCAGAGUGUUGCUCAUGCCUCAGGUGCUGCUUAUCUUUAUCAUCCAAACAGUAUAAAUAACACUAAAAAUAAAAAAAUGUUUGGUGUGUGCAUUCAUCCGCAAUAUGGUGGAUGGUUUGCUUUGCGUGCGGUAGCAUUUUUUGAAGAUCUGCAGUGUUCAGAUCUACCUCAAACAUUUCCAAAGGAUGUUGUUCCAUCUGAAGAAGACAGAACUAAAUUACUUGAAUUGUAUAAUUUUCAUUGGGAAGAUUGGAGGUUUCGUGAUAUUAUUCCUGUUACUGAAAAAUAUUCAGAUCUGCAAAUAAAGUAUUUUUCAACUCCUCCAGGAAACAGAGGUGAAAUAAUUAAUGAUAUAUUGAAGUCUUACAAUUUAUGACACCACUAAGAGUUUCUUUUUAGUUAUGUUUAAACAUAUUUCAAAGUUGGAUCUGAUUUAUAAUAUUUUCUUGUGGCAUUUAAUUUUCAUUUUGUAUGUGUUGUUAAUUAUUUGUUUUAUGUUUUUUAAGUGGUGCGGUUUUUGAUGUAGGUAACAUUUCUUUGCUAUGAAUCUCAUGUUAAUAAUUAUUUGAAAAUUUAGUUAAAGUUGUUUUUUCAAAUCUGAUUUAAGUUGCUCCUUAUAUACAUAUAUAUAUUUGUUGUUUAAAUGUUUUAUUAAGUCUUAUCUUUGAGUGCAUAGUAUGAAAGUGCUCAAAUAUAAAAUGUCAUAUACUAUUACAAACGAAUCGAAUUGAAAUAUUUAUUUUCAAAUAGAUCUGAUUUGUUUAUAGUUUCUUGUUUUAAAUUUCUUUCUCUCCCCCCCCACACUUUUCGAUUUAUUGCAUUUGUGUUUUCUUGUAGGAAAAAUUACCUUACAUAUUUUUUAAAGCACAAGAUAAUUCUUUUUUUUAUUUAGUUGUUAACAUUCUGUUAAUUACCAUACUCAUUACAGUAGCAUGUAGUAUUUCUCUUAAUUUUAAAACUGAGAUAUGUACAUGUUUGUAAAAGGAAUUAAACAUAAAGUAAUGAAGCAAUAUUAGCCAUAAUUAUGGAGGAUGGGAGGCAAAAAAUUAUUCAUUGAUAUAGGAUUAUUAUAUGUAAACAAGGAUGAAUCAAAGCAUACUGUCAGAGUUUUAUCAAAGUACUAGUUUGUGUUAUCAUUCAUAUAAAUAGCAUGAAAACUAAAGACUUAGUGUUACAUUUAUUGUAUAUAGCACUGAGUUAGAUAACACUUUAACAAGCAAAGUAGUGUUGCAAAGGAAACAUUAUGUUGUGAAAUAAAAUAAAGAAAAAAUGAAGAAAAAUUUAACCAGAAGAAAAUGAAGUUAUUUUUGUUGUACUGUAGUUCAUUUCAUUUGGAAAUUGGCUAUCUAGCUGCCUUCUUCCAACUUCUUUUUUCAGUUAGUCAAGAAAAUUUUUUAAAAAAUGGGAAGUUCCAAUAAUAGUAAAAUAUUAUGCAUGUAUUGAGAGUGUGCCUAGAAAUAGCAAUCCUUUGGCUUACUGAGAAAGCGCACACUUUCUUCUCCUGUUUCUAAAACUUUCUUAAUUACACUUUUAGAGGGAAAGCAUUUAGCGUUAAUCCUGCUAUAAUACAGUCAAAAGUCGUUAAUCCGGACUCGUCGGGACUUCGGCGAUUCCGGAUUAUCGAUUUUUCCGGAUUAUAGAUCAUCAGUUUAAAUCUCGUAAGAUGGCAUGCAGAAAUUCUAAAAUUA